CUCACCGCUCAAUGCUCCUUCUCCAAGUCAUUGCUGAAGAACAGGAACACCAUCUUCACCCUGGGUAACCGUGGAAACGUGAUUGCCUCAUCGGAACUGGAAGCCCCCAUCAUCGUACCCCACGUAGCACAGAAGAACGACACUCGGUACCCCUUUGAGAGCCUGUUUCGGAGCCAGCACUAUGGCCUUCUAGACAACAGCUGUCGUGAAUACCUCUUCCUCUGUGACUUCUUCAUGGUGACCGGAAACUCCGCUCAAGAUCUCUUCAACGCCAUCAAGGGUAAAACCCUCAGCAUUGUCUUGGUGAGUUUAAGCAGACUCUUGCCGCUGGUGGAGAGAAAUGAUUUACCCCUGCAUUUGGCCUUCCCCGCGGACAGGCUCGAUGCAGGAAAAAUGCUCCCCAUUUUGGUGGAAGUCCAGAACCAAUGGUCACAGUUUAAGAAUAAGGGGUAGGCCAUUUAGAACGGAGAUGAAGAAAACAAAUAUUUCACCCAGAGAGUUGUGAAUCUGUGGAAUUCUCUGCCAUAGAAGGCAGUGGAGGCCAAUUCUCUUGAUACUUUCAAGAGAGAGUAGCUCUUACGGAUAACGGUAUCCAGAGAUAUGGGGAGAAAGCCGGAGCGGGGUAUUGAUUUUGGAUGAUCAGCCAUGAUCAUAUUUAAAUGGCCUACCCCUUAUUCUUAAACUGUGAGCCCUGGUUCUGGACACCCCAACAUGGGGAACAUUGUUCCUGCAUCCGGCCUGUCCAAUCCCUACAGUAUUGUUAUAUGUUUCUGUAAGAUCCUGAUCUGUGAAUCAGAAUGGUCGGUGUGUAAUUCCCCUUCAGAAACAUGUGGACACCUAUGUUGCCGAUUGCUACGACAGUAUCGCCAUUUUCCUGUCCAUCCACAUCAUCCUCCGCUUCAAGACCAUGAUGACCAAGCGGAACGUCCCUGCUGUCGACAAUGAAGUGAAGCAGAAUGUCCAAUGCUGGAGACAAAUAGCACCUCAUAUUUCACUCGGGCAGCUUGCACCCCAGCGAACGUUGAUUUCUGAUGAAGGAUCUCGACCCGAAAACGUCACCCAUUGAGUUUGAAAAAGGGUCUCGACUCGAAACGUCACCCAUUGCUUCUCUCCAGAGACACUGCCCCCGCUGAGUUACUCCAGCUUUUUGUCUAUCUUCGGUUAUACCAGCAUCUGCCAUUCCUUCUUAUACAUUGACUUCUCUAGCUUCAAGUAAGCCUUGCUUUUCCUCUCUCUCUUCAUCCCCCCCCCCUCCCUUCCCAGUUCUUCAACCAGUCUUACUGGCUCCGACUACAU